CAUCCGGGGUAUCACCCCCACACACCGUAUCCCAGCAUGCACCCAGAGGGGCAGUAUGGGUGGGGGGUUCCAGGACUUCACCCCCAGCCUCAGGGUACACCAGCAGGACCCCCGGGUCACUUGACCCCUGGGCAUCAUCCUGUGGUCACUUCCCAUGGACAUGCUGGUUAUAGUACAGGAAGUGACCAACAGGGGGCGUUAGGAGGGACAAAUCUCAGAAACCGGAAUAAUGCCAUGAAGCAGGAUUUGACAGAAAAAUUGCAUGGUGACAAACAAAGCUCUGUUAAUAAAAGUCAUAAUAAUUCUCUGUCACGUGGUGGACCUACACAACCAGUUGUAGAUAGAAACAUGACAUCAGGAGACAUUGUUGUCAAAGAUUUCAAACGCAAGAACCAGACAGCACCUAAGUUUAUCCCUAGACAGGCUUUACAAAAGAUUCAAAAACAGAACGAAACCAAAGAAUUCUCAAAUACGGACAGAGAUCCCUUAAAUGAAGACUUACGGAGGAAUGCAUGUAUUCUUGGAGAUGUUAAAGGUCCUGCAGUAAAACCUGGAGAGGAGAGGAAGGCGAUGGAGGAAGAAGAAAAAUCUGUUGAUAACACUGUGAAACAAAUCAGGGGAAAAGUGAAAAGUUUUUCAACAACUUUGCCCUUACCAAUUCCAAAGAAGAAAAGAAAAACAGAAUCAGGCAGCUGACGAUGAGACACUGCUUGAAGAAUGCCAAGAACACAAAAAGACACAAAAAAAGAUUCUGUCGCUUCAGCUUACCUAAACAGGGGAAAGUGCCUUCAUUAGUUGAUAAAGUAUCACCCCUCACAGGUGUUUUGUCUCUGUAAAGUUAACAUUUUUUCACCAUCCUUUCUUAAGAGACAAUGAAAAACUCAUUUCACAGUUAUGUGGAUUGUGUUUGUUAUGAUACUAUGUCUGAUAAUUAAACUACUCAGUGUCAAUACACAGACAGGGCAGAGAUGUAGUGGUGAUUGUGGUUGUUGUGCUGUCGGAUUUGUCUCAUCUAACACAAUUUUAAUUGAGGACCAGAUUAAUCAAUGCACUGCCCUCAGCACAGAACUUGGAAGGUUAAAUAUUGAUGUUUUUGCCUUGGUGUAUAAAAGUCCUCUAGCUGACAUGAAACAUCUUUAGUGUUUGAUCCUAUUAGUAAAUAGUGUGACAGUGACGAUUUCAAAUAUAUUCGAA